CCGCAUUGGCUUGGCUUAAUUCCUCGUCAAUUGCAGUCCUUCCCCAGCACCCUACUGGCUACUGAUUGGACGCGUACCCAGCACGAAAUUUUUGUUCCAGGCUGACGUGAGAACGGCUUACGUCUUCAGUCUUCACAAGUGAAUGCUCGGAAGUCGGAAGGAAGCUUGCUCGACUAAUAUAUAUACAAAUUUCACAGUGGAUUUCAGAGUAAAAAUCCUCCAUUUCACAGUUGGCCGUUGCUAGUUGCGACCUUCAGAGACAUGAGUUACAGAGAAUGUUGGCUGUUUCUCAUCUUUGUUGUUCUCUUGAGUGUGUGCAUGAACUCAGCGUCUUUCGCUGCCGCCACUUCGGCCACAACCACUGCCAUCACUUUUGGUGGAAAUGAAACUGAUAAGAUUGCCUUACUAGCCUUCAAGGCUCGAAUCACCAGGGAUCCUCUCCUGGCCAUGAGCUCGUGGAAUGAUUCUCUCCAUUUCUGUAAGUGGGAAGGUGUUGAAUGCGGUCGUCGACACCCAGGAAGGAUCGUAUCCUUGGAUCUGGAGUCACGGGGAUUGGUGGGCUCCUUGGCCCCAGAGAUAGGAAACCUCAGCUUCCUUAGGAAGAUCAUGCUCCUGAACAAUAGCUUCCAUGGUGAAAUCCCUCAACAAAUCGGUCGUUUGUUCAGGCUACGARUUUUGGACCUUGCCAAUAAUUCACUUGGAGGGCAGAUUCCAGCCAAUCUGUCUCGCUGCUCCAACCUCAAAUUCCUCUCUUUACAUGGCAAUAGUCUUACAGGUAAGGUUCCAACAGAACUUGGCUCUUUGUACAAGCUUCAGGUCCUUGCAGUCCACCACAACAAUCUAUCUGGUCUGGUUCCUUUCUCACUGUAUAAUCUUUCAUCCCUCACCCAUCUUGAUCUAGGAAAUAAUCAAUUGAAGGGGAACCUACCACACGACAUUGGCUUGUCUCUUCCCAAUCUUCAAUUGUUUUCAGUUGGGGGAAAUCAGCUAACUGGACUUGUUCCAGUUUCGUUCUCCAAUGCUUCAAAACUUGAGCUCUUGAACCUGAAAGCUAACAAUAUUUUUGGGAGAGUGCCUAUUGAUUUUGGAGGCUUACCACAUCUCGCAGAGUUGAUUAUAGGUUAUAAUCAUCUGGGAAGUGAGCAAAUCGAUGACUUGAGUUUUAUGAACACCAUGACCAACUGCAGUAAUUUACAGGUGCUUUGUUUAGAAGAGAACAAUUUUGGGGGACAGUUGCCCAAUUCUAUAGUCAACCUCUCAACCCAACUCAGAAUAUUAGCUCUUGGAGAAAAUCUAAUUCAUGGGAGCAUUCCGUUAGGAAUUGAGAACCUUGUCAACUUAUCUUGGCUGGGAUUAGAACAAAACACAUUAACGGGCAGCAUUCCUAGCUCCAUUGGAAAGCUCCAAAAGCUGCAAAAGCUUUUGUUAAAUGGAAACAAGCUAUCAGGACAGAUCCCGUCAUCUCUAGGGAAUUUAACAAUAUUGAAUAUACUGGGUUUAAAUGUAAACAACUUCAGUGGUAACAUACCCCCAUCCCUGGGCAAAUGCCAAAAUCUGUUUGAGUUGUAUCUCAAUGAAAAUAAUCUUAGUGGUGUCAUACCUCCCGCGCUUUUUGAUCUCUCCUCCCUUCUGGUUUCCCUGAAUCUAUCACAAAAUCAUUUGGCUGGCCCCCUACCUGUGGAAGUAGGACAGUUAACAAAUCUGGGAGAAUUAGAUGUUUCAGAGAACAUGUUGAUUGGUGAAAUUCCCAGUACCCUUGGUAGUUGUAGGGGUCUACAAUACCUUUCUAUGCAGGGAAACUUAAUUCGUGGAUCCAUUCCACCAUUCCUUGGUUCAUUGGAAAAUCUUCAAUUUUUCGAUCUUUCACACAACAAUCUUUCUGGUACCAUUCCAAAAUAUCUACAAUAUUUUGAUUUACAGAGAUUGGAUCUUUCUUUCAACAAUCUCAACGGUGAGGUACCAACAGAUGGUGUCUUCCAAAAUGCAAGUGCAAUUUCUGUUAUAGGGAACCCUGAGCUUUGUGGAGGUAUUCCCCAAUUGCAUUUGUUGGCAUGCCCCCAGAAGACAAAGGAAAAAAGAACGUCUCAAGAAUUCAAGCUAAUAGUUAUCAUUAGUAGCACUAUUGUUAUCUUGUGCUUUAUUUCAGUCCUGGCUUUUCUUAUUCUUCACCAGAGGAAAAAAACAAAGCAGGAGACUUCUUUCGCAUCAUCAAUGGAGCAUCGUUAUUCAAUUGUAUCUUAUGAGGCCCUUCUAAAAGCAACUAGAGGAUUUUGUUCAGCUAAUUUGAUUGGUGCGGGUAGCUUUGGAUCAGUGUACAAAGGAAUUUUCGACCAAGAUGAAACAAUUGUUGCAAUCAAGGUAUUAAACCUUCAACAGAAGAGAGGUUAUAAGAGCUUUGCAUCUGAGUGUGAAACAUUGAGAAAUAUUCGCCAUCGGAAUCUAGUGAAGAUUGUAACUUCUUGCUCAAGCAUAGAUUUUAAAGGCAAUGACUUCAAGGCUUUGGUGUAUGAAUUUAUGCCUAAUGGGAGUUUAGAGGAGUGGUUACAUCCAAAAGAAAAUUGUACUUGGGGCAAACCGAGGCAUUUGGACAUUCUUCAAAGAUUGAACAUUGUCAUUGAUGUGGCUUCUGCACUGGAUUAUCUUCAUCACCACUGUCAAACUCCAAUAAUUCAUUGUGAUAUAAAGCCAAGCAACAUUCUUCUUGAUGACGAUUUUACCGCUCGUGUGGCUGACUUUGGCUUGUCAAGGUUUCUUUUGAAGAGAAGCAACACAACUUCUCUGGACCAAAGUAGCUCAGUUAGAAUAAAGGGGUCUAUUGGGUAUGUUCCUCCAGAGUACGGUGUUGGUGCCGAUGUAUCAAUCCAUGGGGACAUAUACAGCUAUGGUAUUACUUUGUUGGAGAUUUUUACAUGUAAGCGACCCACAGAUGAAAUUUUUAAAGAUGGUUUAAAUCUUCAUGACUUCAGUAAGAUGGCUUUUCCUGACAAAGUGAUGGAAAUUAUGGAUCCAAUGCUUCUCCCCGAGGAAGAAAGCAAAGAAAAAGCGGCAGCCAUUCACCCCAUCGCAAACCAGAGAUACAUAAAAGAUGAGUUGCAAGAAUUGUUGAUUUCAGUAUUAAGACUUGGAGUUGCCUGUUCGGUUGAAACACCAAGAGAGCGAAUGGACAUGACAAAUGUGACCAAGAAACUACAAUUAAUUAGGCGCAUUUACCUUGGACUCGACAAAAAAAAAGGACAAAUGAAUGAUGGCUGAACUGCCAUUUCAAAAUUACUAGCUGGGAAAUGGGAAUCGCUUGUCAUGUUGCAUGCAUACAGAGGUGGUUGUGGUGGGGUCUGUAAAUAAGCCAUUUAUGGAAUGGUGCCAAUGUUGCCAAUGUUGCAAAGAUUUCUUAAGAUUGGAAGAGGAUUCCAGAAAUAGACUUGCGAUAAAUGACCCUUUAUUUAGUUUCUAAUUCAGUAGGUAACCUUCUGUCCAUUAUUCACACCUACUUAUACAUUGACAUAUGUCCCCAAUUCUUAGUAUUUAGUGUAUCGUUCAUGCAAACACCAUAUGCAUUGCAGUACUGUAAAGUGUCAAACCCUGUAUAUAAAAGCAACUAAGCACAGAGAGAGAGAGAGAAA